AUGAUAUCGAAGAGCAAUCAUCACAAGAUCGUCAGCCUCAUCAUCGACGACAUCCCCAUCUACCUCCAGAAAAGUCUCGGACCGAAUCGUGAAACUCUUCGCAAUCGAUCUCGACGGCAAGAAACGCGAGAUCGUGGGCCUCUCUGGCCAGACACUCCUCAAAGCCCUNCGUUCCCAUUAGACUCAAAUCUCUGA